AUGCCGCGAAGUCAUACAGGCGACGAGAGCGGCGGCACCGGACUCUGGCUGAAAACCUCAACGGGACGCCGGGCGCAGGACUACGCAUUGAAAGAUGUGGAGUCUGGGCGGAUGACGAUGAAUAACGCGGUGCGAGUAAAUGACGGUCUCCUGUCUCCCGCCACGGCAGGUGCGGUGGGAGCGGAGAGGAAGCAGGGCGCCCGGCUCAGCCUUCUGGGGAAGCCGCUGACCUACAGCGCCCAGAGCGGCCGCAGGAACGCGCGGUACCGGCGCCUCCAGAAUUACCUCUACAACGUGUUGGAGAGACCAAGGGAAUGGGCGUUCAUCUACCACGCUUUUGUGUUUAUCCUGGUGUUUGGAUGUUUGGUCCUCUCUGUGUUUUCUACCAUCCCUGCUCACCAGGAAUUCUCCUCACACUGUCUGCUCUUCUGGGAGUUUGUGAUGAUUGUAGUGUUUGGUCUGGAGUACAUCAUCAGGAUAUGGAGUGCUGGCUGCUGCUGCAGAUACCGAGGCUGGCAGGGACGCCUCCGGUUCGCCAGGAAACCAUUCUGUGUCAUAGACAUCAUUGUACUCAUCGCCUCCGUUGCCGUGGUUUCAGCCGGUAGCCAGGGCAACAUCUUUGCCACCUCUGCGCUGCGUAGCCUUCGUUUCCUUCAGAUCCUGCGCAUGGUGCGCAUGGACCGCAGGGGAGGCACCUGGAAGCUGCUGGGGUCUGUGGUUUAUGCACAUAGUAAGGAGCUGGUGACUGCCUGGUAUAUUGGGUUUCUGGUGCUAAUCUUCUCCUCCUUCCUGGUUUAUCUGGUGGAGAAAGAAUUCAACAAGGAGUUUGCCACCUAUGCUGAUGCUCUGUGGUGGGGCACGAUCACUCUUACAACCAUCGGCUAUGGUGACAAGACCCCUCAGACAUGGACAGGACGGUUGUUAUCAGCCGGUUUUGCUCUGCUGGGGAUUUCUUUCUUCGCCCUGCCAGCUGGCAUCCUUGGUUCAGGUUUUGCCCUGAAGGUGCAGGAGCAGCAUCGACAGAAGCACUUUGAAAAGAGGAGGAACCCAGCUGCCAGCCUCAUCCAGUGUGUCUGGCGUAGUUAUGCUGCUGAUGAGAACUCGGUUUCCAUUGCUACCUGGAAGCCUCAUUUGAAGGCGUUGCAUACCUGCAGCCCCGCCAAGAAAGAGCAGGGCGAGACUACUUACAGUAAGGGUCUAAGUAAUGGGAGGCUCUUCAGAAGGUAUACUCGGAAAUAUAGGAGUCAGAAGUUGAGUUUUAAGGAGCGGGUCCGCAUGGCGAGUCCUCGUGGUCAGAGCAUGAAGAGCAGACAGACAUCCAUCAACGACCGCCAACGCUGUUCCCCUGGCAACGAGGUGGUGGGCGGCGCCGAGCUGAUGGGUGGGAGCCCGGCUAAAGUGCAGAAGAGCUGGAGUUUCAACGAUCGGACCCGUUUCAGGCCGUCUCUGAGGCUGAAGAGCCAGACUCGCACUGCGGCCCCAGAUGUGGACACAGGCAUGACUACGGAGGAUUCCUUUGAUGAAAGGGGCUGCCAUUGCGAUGUUACAGUGGAGGAUCUAUCGGCUCCCCUCAAGGCUGUCAUCAGAGCGGUCAGGAUCAUGAAGUUCCACGUGGCAAAGAAGAAGUUUAAGGAGACGUUGCGUCCAUACGAUGUGAAGGACGUCAUAGAGCAGUACUCGGCAGGACAUUUGGACAUGCUCUGUCGCAUCAAGAGCCUUCAGACCAGACUAGACACUGUAGUGGGUCCCCCUCCAAGGCCUUUCAGCAGUCGCGUCAAGACCUUUUCCUCUCCCUCCCUGCAUUUAUAUUACAGCCAGGCCCGGAGGAAACAGUCUGCACCGGGACAGGCCAGUGCAGCGGGCUCUGGUCCCGGCCUGAGUAGCCGACCCAGGAACAUGUCCUCUCCUGCCCUGCAUUAUUAUUACAGCAACAACAGGAAGAAGCUCCCUGGCUCGGGGGUGGAUCAGAUCCUGGGAAAAGGCCAGAUACCUGUGGAUAAAAAGAUGAGGGACAAACUGCACCCAGAUGGAGACUCUCUGGAGGGCAUGAGCAUGCUGGGACGUGUAUGUAAGGUGGAGAGACAGGUAACGUCCAUCGAGUCAAAGCUGGACUCGUUGCUGGACGUUUAUCGCCAAGUUCUGCAGAAAGGCUCGUCGGCUCUCACUCUCUCCUCCCUGCCUCUGUUUGAGCUGGACAGCCAACGGCAUCGCAGCUCGGACUACCAGACCUCCAUCAUUGGCAGGGAUCUCCCCUCGCCCCAGGGAGGUGAUCCGGUUCGAGGCGGAGGAGAUAACAGCGGGGGCUUACGCCGCUCGCUUAGUGCCAACCCCAAAGGCCUGCGGCUCAUCCUGGCACCCGCUGAUGACGAUGGUCCCCCAGACUCAGCACCUCCCUCUUACCCCCCGUCCACAGCCUCACUCUCCCCAUCACCCCUGCUACCACCCGAUAGCCCCUACCCAACCUUGGUCACCCCCAAUGGCACCUCUAAAAGAGCACACUUCCCUGACCUGCCACCCCCACCUCCCUCAACUGGGGGUUUCACCCUCCAGCUACCGCCCAUGGUGCACCCCUCCCACCUCCGAUGCCCCGCUGACUCCGUCCCAGAUGAUCUGACGGAUGGAGUGACAGCAGACAAAAAGAGCCUGGGCCCCUCUGUCGUGGGAUCCAGUGUGAAUGCUGACCAGGAAGGGGACAGUGAGGCAGGCUCUGUCCAGGGAGGGGUUCAGCUGCGGGAGAAGCCUGCCUUGAAAUCUGAGGGGGUCUGGAGGAGGCACAUGAGCCUGGAGGUUAACCCCCUGCUGCUGCUUUCAUCUAGCCCAGACGAGAGACCUUCAGACUGGGAAGGCGGUCUCGGGAAAUCCCUCUCCGUGCACAAUCUCAGCCAGCCUUUGACCAGCCGUGCCCCUGGUCUCAACAACAACAACAGCAGCAGCAACGGUAGCGAACGUGGCAAUGCCCACGGUGACCUUAGCAACUGGGACGGAACAGAACUCUUCAUUAGUGAGUGCAAGCUAGAGCCAGCGGAAGAACAUUUCAACUUCCUGUCCCAGGGACCUGACAGCAGCCCCUCCGACCUUUUACAGACUGUGGACGAGGCGACCUCUGGACCUAAGGGAAACUCCGAGUUUCUCAGUCAGUCCCCACACAUACAGCUGGCAUAA